AUGGCAACACGUUCACGGUGGUUCUCCCAGGAGGAGAUCGGCGUGGGUGCUACUAUACAGCUCGAUCACAAAUGGGUCGUCCGGGAAAUGAUGAGCGAGCACACCUACCAACAUGACCACGAUGACACCAUUGCCAAGGUUGCUCCAUCCUGGACAGCGGUUCGCCUUCGCGUCGAAGACAGAAGUACGCGUACUAGCGCGUACAUGCGGAUCUACAAACAGAUAAUGAAUGGUGGCACAGAGGCGGAGCCGGCCCGCAUAAGGGCUCGGCAAGCUGAUUCUACGUGGUGCCCGGUGGAGUUAAAGGUAUACCGGUCUCUCCCAGGCAAGAGCCCACAUAUUUUACCUCGUCUCGUGGAAGAAAAGGUCGUCAAACAAGACGAGAGUGGUUGCGUGGCAGGUGGAUUCCUCAUAUACGUUGUGUGGGAGAUUGUGCCAGGCAUCCAGCUCGGUGACUCCUCGGGGUCCAACGUCUUCUGGACCUUGGAUCGACCCCAGAGAGACGCAAUCCGCGAGCUGUUCAAGAAGGGCCGGAUGCACUUAUACGAUUGGGGGUAUUACCCUCAUCCGGGGUGCGGUCAGAAUCUCGUAUGGCACGCCCAGACCUCAACCCUUUACUUUGUUGGUUGGUUUUUAGCGUACAAAAACGAUGAGAAGAAACCGUGGACUCCGAGAUUUUGGUAUUUCUGGGAUUUGACCCGUCCUGCCAAGAAGAGCGAUCGUUCGAAAAUACCGGAUGAAACAUGGACUUGGUAG